CACACCGGAGGCUCCUAUGAGGAAGUGUCAGAACACAGCGGGGACUUCUGCUGGCUGAACCUCGGAGCUGCAGCGCCUUUUACGCACGGCUCUCCAGCGCACGCAGCUGCUGUCUGCUCGAAAUAAACAACAGGACUGGUUUCCCCUGUGAGCGCUUUCUCCCUUUUUUUGCCUACCUAUGAUGGCUUUCGCUAUGCUGAGGCCGGUGUCCACGCAUCCGUUCUCCUACCCCGCGGACCUGACCUUGAUGUCGGACGACGAGGAGGGGAACCGCAGCGAGAGCGACGGCAGCACUGACCAGAGCUACGGCUGCUGCGGGGCCGCCGGGGAGACUUACCGGCGGGAGUCCGGCGGCGUGGUGAUCCGCCAGCGCAACGCCGCCAACGCCAGGGAGAGACACCGGACCCAGAACGUGAACACGGCCUUCACGGCGCUGCGGACGCUCAUCCCCACGGAGCCGGUGGACAGAAAACUCUCCAAGAUCGAGACGCUGCGCCUCGCGUCCAGCUACAUCUCCCACCUGGCCAACGUGCUGGUGGUCGGGGACGGCAGGGAGGACGGGCAGCCGUGUCUGAGCGCAGUCUACAAGGAGGUGAAGGGCAGUGGAGACGGAAAACAGCCCCGGACUAUCUGCACAUUCUGCCUCAGCAACCAACGAAAAGGGGUUAAAUACAGACGAGACUGUGUGAAAAUACACACAAGCAGACAAAUAAGCAGACGGUGAAAGCGUUUGAUGGGAUCUUCUCUUCAGAGCAGACGUCGGGGGGGUAAAAUCCCUCCAGCAGUCAUUCCUUAAACACUUGAAGCAUCUCAGCAGCACAGCGGUCUUAAAGAGCUUCUCUGACUUUCUGGGCAUUUGCCUGAUUGGUCAGUAAACCCAGUGUGAGAUGGGAGGAUCGGCACAGAAACCAUUUCUGUGUCUCCAGCGGAUACAGUAGGUCCAGUGUUUGCUAUCAAAUGUCAUGCAGGGAUAUUCGAAUCACAUGAUGAUGAAGCUCAGAUGGAAAUCAAUACCAGCUCUGGACGACUGAUGGUUUUAUGAUUAUGCAGCACUUUGGAUGAUGGUAGUCACUUAUGAAUACUAAACAAUGACUUAAAUGUUAACAAAAGGGGUUCUCUUAAUGUCUCUUCACAUUAAAUUCGGCUUAUUUGUUGGUCGUAGCUUCCAGAGGUUUUGUUUAUCAUCAGUUUCAGGUCUGUGUGUGACUUAACUGCGGAUGAUCAAAAAAUGGCGGCAGGAUCUGGAGACGCUUUGGUACCCAUCAUCUUAUCGACGUUUGGGUUUGGCACUGGUUGAGAUACACUCCUUUGCAAAGCUCUUUAAGAUCAAAUAAGACAAUUGUUAAAUCCUCAACAUGUUUCUGGGGACACUCACCCAGCUGAGCCUCUGCAGGAGUGAAAAGGACAAACCACUCCAACCUCCCUGAACUGGCGCUGAAUGCAACAGGACGCAUCAGUGGGACUCUACUUUGUUUUCUUUCAUUACUUGUUGCUCUCUACUUUGAAAUUAAAUUUAUUUUUACAUA